GAAGUGUUAGCCGGUCGUCGUGGUCGACUCUGGCUGUCCUCUCUCUCUCCCCCUCUCUCACGGUCUCCGGUCGGUCGUUAUUGCUUUGCACUCAGCAGUUGCCGUCAUCCGUCAAAUCGAUUCUUUUCGCCAGACGCCGCCGUUCGGUGCGUGACGUCGUUCGGCUCGAUAGCAGACAGCAGUUGGCUGUUGGACCGUUCGAUAUUCACGACUCGACAGAGAACGCUUCCAACGGCACAAAAACGCACACAACGCAUCCAAUAAGUAGAACAUUUCAGUCUACCUGUUUAUUUAAAAAACAAAACAGAAAACAGUGAAGCGUGUUCUUAAGAUAAUUUUCCCCUCAAUCGUUAGCCAUUAACAAAACCUACAAAUUUACCCGUUACCGGCAGCUGUUGUCAGCAGGAAAUCCGAAAAACCGAGGUUUAAAAGAUUGUCGUGUACUCUUUGAAAACGGUGAUACCACAAAGAUAAACUUGACAAUGGAAAACGUCGACAGUGAAAUCAUGCAGCCCGGUCUUCACCGGCUGUGGGCCAAACGACAGGGAUCCAUCCUGAGUCCCAUGCAGGACGUCCGGGAUGAUCUUUUGAAUCAGGAUCACUUUGGAUACGAUAGUCAGACGGCUGAUGAAGAACUCGGGGAAAAUAUCAAAACCAAAGAGGAAGCGGGUGGUUGCCUGGACAAAGAGCUGGCUGACUCUUCAGAUUCAGAAAAGUCUGUGUCUGUGUUUAACACCUUAAAGUCUGCAAUUUGUAACAGUUCCCCAAAGAACUUUGAAGAAAUUUGUGUGAUUAGUUUGGAUGGGGCCGAGCUCAAUGAUUUUCCCGCCAAGUACACCGUUCCGUUAUUGCAACCAUAUGAGUUUGCAGCUGUUGGUGUGUGGAUACAUCCCAACAUUGUGCCUGGUUUCAAGUACAAAGUUCGACCUAUCGAUCAAGAUAAAGAGCGCACGCGAUUUUUGUUUGAUAACCGGGCAUUAGAACUUAUGAGCAUCGGCCGUGGUUACUCAAGGCGUUUGACAUUUGAGGCAAGUCCCGGGUUGUUAAAUGAUAAUGAUAAUUAUUUUUGGACAGAUUCCAUGCCAUCAGGCUAUGCAUUCCAAGUGCAUGUUGUGUCUGUUGGAGACAACUAUACCGUCUAUGAUGCGAACAAUGUUGCUGUUGCCACUCUCGAAGUGACUAAAAUUCCGGGCGCUCAAAAGGAAAUAAUUCAUGAAUUAACUGAGAAUGGCGAAGUUAGAAAGAAGGUAGAAGUGAACAUGCUGUGCAAAGUGGAUUGGUUUUAUAAAGAAGAUUCUGCUUUAAUAACACCAGUUACUGGCAUUGCAGUAGCUUUGAAAUCGUCUCGUGGUUCAGCAAAGCUUGUCAAAAUUAUAGAUGCUUCUAUUGGUUUAAUUCCGUCCCGUGGUUAUACUUUAAAACCAGGAGUUGAUAAUAAACAAAGACAAUUGGUGUUAAAUGGAUGCUCCAUUGGUGACGCACCAACUGUUUAUACAAUCACUGGUUUGGAACCAUAUGAGCUUCCGGUAAUAGGUACAUAUGUUGAUCCUAGAAUCAUCCCAGGAUUCCAUUAUAAAGUACGGCCAGCGGGACUUAAGCAUCAUUUGUUUGAUGGCAACGCUUUACAGUUGAUUAGCAUUGGUAUGGGGUACGGUAAACGUAUUACCUUCAAGCCUAAUAGGCAUAGCUUAAACAACAACACCAAUUACUUUUGGAGUGAUUCCUAUCCGGAUGGUUAUGGGUUCGAGCCACAAGCUGUCUUUUGCGGGAUGAAAUUUGAUAUAAUGGACGGUACUUUGAAAAUUGGCCAAGCCACUGUGUUCCGUAGUGAUAAUCCACAAGUUGAAGAUCAGCAAUGCAUCGUAAAGGGAAAACUGGGAGCAACUGUAACUAAAUACAUUCAUAUUGAUGUUACUUGCCAUGUUGUAUUGAAGGGUAAUGUAAUCGAUGAAGAGUCGCAUGCACUUAGGGUAUCUGGUACUGCAGUUGUAGUGAAAUAUCCAAAACAAAACGAGUCGAAACUCUUGUACAUUGACAAUGUCGGUUUGAGCUCCAAGCUUAACCUUGUUUUCAUGAACCAAGAAUCGCAUCUCAUCUUCCAACCUAUAUAAACAUAAAAUACAUAGCUAACAAAAUUUGUUUCUGUUGCUUGAGAAUGUUUCGACAAGUAUAAAUAUAAUUCAAUUUUGUUCCUGUAAUAAAGAAACUUAUGUAAUCUUAAA